AUGGAAAAGAAAACGCAAUCAUCAGUACUUGCAGAGAAUCAUACAAAAUCAAAUAGCGGCCGCCAUCCAUCGAUGAAUAGCUAUGAUCUUGCUAUUGAACUUAGAAAUAACGAUGGCCUAUUACGGGAGAAGCAACAACUGAAAAUUUCUUUAUCAGUUAAAGAAGCAACUGUUGGAAUUACCGUGGUGAUACUCAUUGCUAUUACCUUUAGCUUGGCUGGAGCUGUAAUUUUAUCUAUUAUUGGUGUUGUUUUGUUUACAGCUGCUGAUGGCUUCGGGACCAUUACGAUUAUAGGUGUAAUAUUGGCUGUUGCUUCCUCUAUUAUAAGCGCCUUCUAUCGUGUUUCCGUGAAAUUAAUAAUUGGCGACAGGCCGCUACUUCAGGUAUCAUUUCUAAUUUCCAUUAUUGGUGUAUUAUCGCUCUUCUUAUCUUGGAUACCAGUAAUUAUACUAAGCAAUACGGGCGUUGAUAUAAAUUUAUGGUCUACUAUUCCUUGGGGAACGUUACUGGUCACUAUCACAUUUAAUAUACUAAAUAAUUUUUUCCUUAUACUUGGAAUCGCCGUAACUUAUCCGAUAUUCGUUUCCCUUGGUGGACUUUUUGGAAUACCUUUAAACUCGAUUAUUGAUGCAGUAACACGCAAUUUAGCUUUUACGGAAGUCAAAAUUUUGGGUACAAUUUUACUUAUUGUAGCUUUCGCAAUUCUGUUAAUACCAACAGGAACGGCUAUAAAAAUUUCUCAAAAAUUUACCAACUUCAUUCUGUGCAAAGCAUCACGAGAUUUACAUGAUCCUCAAGAUUACAAUUAA